UUAGGUCCAUCCACACCUCUCUCUCUCUCUCUCUCUCUCUUUCUGGCUCUUUCUCGGUGGGAGCUGAGCUGAGCCUGAGAGAAACAAACCCCAAAAUUCCGAAGCCACCGCCGCCUCUUCCGCAAACCCCCGGUAUGAUCCCCUCAAUCGCCUCCCCUCACUCCUCUCUCGCCCUCUUCCUCCCACUCCGCGCCUCUUCUCGAGGCCUGCUCCCGAUUUCGCUCGCACUCGAGCUGAUCCCCUAACCCUUGUUUCCUUCCCCGCUAGGGUUUCGUUUUUCGUGGAACUUGGAUUCGCACCGAGUAACGAAACCCUAAUCUUCAUCUUCAUGCGGUAAAAGAGGGAUUUUUAUGGAUAAAAAAGGGAGAAAAGUGUCAAUUUUGACCUUGGAAUGAUCUAGGGUUUCGAACCCCGACCCCUAUUUGAACCCUAUUUGAGGGGUUUCUCGCAUGGAAUGGAAGAAGAGGGAAAUGAUAGCAGAAUCAGGAGAAUGGAUGUGAAUCUCUACCUGGGUCUCCCUCAUUCUCCUCGCCCUCGUCGACCGGAUCUUGGCUCUGACCUCUCUCUCAACUCUUUACCCAUGCCAGCUGUCGACGACCGCCAACCGCUUGUUGAAAUGCCUGUUAUGUCAGAACUGUCGGAUCCCCACCCACCGUACUCCCCUUCCCAUUCAGCUUACUCUCCUACACUACCUGCCAUGAAUGUGAACCCCACCCCUAGUCCGGAGUACACCCCAUACUUUCCAUCCUAUGAACCCUACAAUAAUUCUUCAUACGCUCCAAUCCAACUACCGAUUGUUAACGAGAUAGACGAGUCUAAUGCCGACGAGCCCAUAGCCAUCGACGGCAGCUCUCACAUGCCUUACUCACCGCCUUAUGUUCCUCCGACAUCGACGUACUCGCCACAUUAUGCGCCCCCACCAACGACCCCUGAUGAAGUAGCUUUCAGCUUUUACCCAGCUCCACAUAUUCACGCUGGGGAGUUUUUGGGGGAGAAUAGUGGGUCCUCUUCUCGGAACGAGCUCCACCGUUCACCUGAAUUACGUUUCAGAAGAUUGAUUGAGUCGAGCCAUCGAUCUCGGUCUAGGCGAUUUAGGUCUUCGGUAUCAUUCGCUGGCGAAAGGUCCAGCUUUGGCUCACCUUCAACUCCUACUGAACAGUUAAUAAUGAAUGUAUCGAGCCCGCAAGGAUCGGUAGAAUGUACUAGGAAGGACAAAGUAUCUGUUGAAUCCAUAGCAGUGGAGGCUUCAGAAGAGGAAGCGGAAGAGAAGAACAGAAGUGCUGCUAAUUUUGAGUGUAAUAUCUGCUUGGAUAUGGCUACUGAACCUGUUGUUACUUCGUGCGGCCAUCUAUUUUGCUGGCCCUGUUUGUAUCAAUGGCUUCACGUUCAUUCUGACCAUAAUGAAUGCCCAGUUUGCAAAGGAGAAGUUACUGAAUCUAAAAUCACUCCUAUUUAUGGUAGAGGAAGUUCAGAGAAUAGUGCUGAGAAGAAAUUUAAAGGGGAAGGGGAAUCAGGUCUGAAAAUACCGCCAAGGCCACGUGGAAAUAGGGUGGAGAGCUUGAGGCAACAGUUUAGGCCUAUUUCAAGGAGAUUGGGAGAAGGGAUUGCAUCUUCAUGGAGACGGCUUUUAGACCAUCAGAUGCGUUAUGGGAGUGGUAGGCUCGAAGGGCAAGCGGACCCUGCCCUGCAGGAAAUACUUGAUGGCGCCCAUCGCCGAGCUAUAACUAGGCUAAGAGCAAGGACAUUGCUAAGGGAAGAGGUGAAUCGUAACAGUGGGUCUAUCAGUGGGUCUGUCAAUGGUGACAUUGGACUGCCCCCUGGUAACAGUGCAUUAAACCCUGUUGGGAGUACAUCGAGCUCACUUUUCCGAGAUGGAAUUGAUCUGUGGCAACGCUUUUCACUCUAUGGUAUUGCUAAUACAGAAAGAUUAGCUGCGAUAACUGCUGAUCUUGGUAGGGUGGUGGGGCAAUUCGCAAGUAUUAGUAACCGUUAUGGAGCGUCCACCUCAUCUGCUAAUCCGCCAAAUUCUGAGCCUCCUGCUGCUGCGCAUGAUGUGGGUGCAGCAUUGGGGGCGGAUCAGGUCUCUGCUUCGAGCACCAUGGCUACAAUACAAGGAGAGGUUACUAUUUCUGAUAAUCCAUCUGAACCUAACAGUGCUGGGUCUUCUAGGGCCCACAGAAGGAGGGGAAGAAGCGGCACUUCCGGUUCUCUCGAUGUUGAUGGAGGGGCUCUUCAUGCAUGUAAGAGACGAAGGCUGAACUGAAGUUCAUCUUUUAGUAAGCUUAGUUAAAUAAUUUCAUGUCUUAUUUUUGCUUUUGUUAUGCGCAAGUGUUGGGUCAUAUAUAUUAGACUGUAUGUUUGGUUUUGUUUUAUCAUUUUAUCUUGUUGCAUAGUGAUGGGUCAGUCUAUCCUUUCCCUUUUUUUUACUUUUUCGAUUUGACAUAUUGGUGGUGGGAGCGUAUAUAUAGGAGAAACCUUCAACAGCCAUGAUAGAAGAUUAUAUUUGCUGAUGAUAAGUUUCUAUAACUUAAAUGCUCAUUUGGUGUAACAAAAUGUACUUUCAUGUCUGCUUUACAGUAGUCUAUCUUUAUUGAAACUCUUGGUGAUUCCACAUUA